CACUUUUAUGCGGAUAGCAUUCUGAGAGCGGCUCGUGUGUUAUAAGCGUUCGCGCACUGUGUCCUCUCAGCACUUUAACCCAUCGCACCUGCAGUUUUCUUUUGAGAGUGUACUUUAUUGUAAAGAAGCCCGAGCGUUUAUUUUGCAGAAAUUUGAUUCCUGACGUAGUGUGGACUGACUACUGACUACUACCCAAGCUGAGGUGCCAGGCAGCAGAUUUCGUCUGCCAGGAAGAAGAAACUGCGCGUCACGUUUUACUUUUUUUGUCAAAUUUGAGUGACAAUGAAUAGCGUAAAAGACGAAACCCGAAGCGUGUCCCCUCAUUGUCCGAAGCCCAAUGAACCAGAGCAACCCCAGGGUACUGCUGUUGAGGGCGCCGUUGGCAGUGCGACACCCAACAUAAAAGACGAGCCGGAAGAAAAUGUCGUCACCAAAGAGAUGGAGGAGGAAGAGAAGCACUUAAUGGAGGAAGGGGAGAGGAUUGAGAAAGAGAUGAUGGACAAGGCUCGUGCAACUUGGGAGAGAGAAACUCAUGAAAUGCGGUUUAGGAGGCUGCAGCACCUGCUGGAGAAAAGUAAUAUCUACUCCAAAUUUCUGCUGACCAAGAUGGAACAGCAGCAGCAGGAGGAGAAAUUGAGAAAAGAGCGGCUUGAGAGGAAGGCAUUGGCCCAGAAACAGAAGGGAAACGGCCAGAAGACUGGGAAAGCUGACAGGAAGAAACGUGACAGGGAGGAAGAAUACAAAAUUGCAGAUGUGAUGUCCAAAGAGGAAAUAAUGUCAAAGGCCAAAAAGCCUAAACUUGUGGAGGAAGCUAUUCCCCAUCCUAAAAAGCUAGAGGCAGAGGACAUUGCAAAAAUGAGUGAUUCCAAUGAAGAGAUCAAGGGUCGUUUGUCGGAGGCCGUGCGGGACAGCGCCAAGCACUUGUUGGACCCCACGCGCCUCGUGAAUGGGCAACCUGUUCCCUUUCAACAGCCCCGGCUCUUUACAGGUGGAGUCAUGAGGUGGUACCAGGUGGAGGGCAUCGAGUGGCUCAGGAUGCUGUGGGAGAAUGGGAUUAACGGCAUCCUGGCUGACGAGAUGGGUCUGGGGAAGACCAUCCAGUGCAUUGCACACAUCGCCAUGAUGGUCGAGAAGAAGGUGCUGGGACCCUACCUUGUGGUAGCACCGCUCUCCACAGUGUCCAACUGGAUCUCUGAGUUCAAACGCUUUACACCUGAUAUAUCUGUGUUGCUGUACCAUGGGCCCCAAGCAGAUCGGCUUAACCUGACCGAAAAGAUUCGCAAGCUCCAGGGGUCUUUGAACAUGUACCCUGUGGUCAUCACAUCCUUUGAGAUAGCCAUGAGGGAUCGCAAGUACCUACAGCGGUUUCAGUGGAAGUACUUGAUCGUAGACGAGGGCCACAGGAUAAAGAACCUCAACUGCAGGCUAGUGAAGGACCUCAAGACCUACCCCACGGACAACAAGCUGCUCCUCUCAGGCACUCCCCUGCAGAACAACCUAGCUGAGCUCUGGUCACUGCUUAACUUCCUACUGCCAGACGUCUUUGAUGAUCUCAAGAGUUUUGAGUCCUGGUUUGACAUCAGUACCAUCAGUUCUGAUGCUGAAAGCAUUGUUGCCAGUGAGCAAGAGAAAAAUAUCCUGCACAUGCUUCACCAGAUUCUGACCCCAUUCCUACUGAGGCGGCUGAAGACUGAUGUUGUUCUUGAUCUACCUCCAAAGAAGGAGAUCCUGGUGUAUGCUCCAUUGACUUCAAAGCAGGAGUCCCUGUACAACGCUAUCAUGAACAAAACCAUCGGCAAGCUGCUGGGCCAGGAGAAGGAGGCUCCACCUGUCGAUGUCACAUCCAGUGGCCGGCCCAAGCGCCGUUCCAGAAAGGUGGUGGACUACUCGGAGACGGAUAAGGACACAUUCAAAGACCUAAAAAAGUACUUGGACAAGUUGCAGGAUCCAGAGCUCCAUCAGAGCAGCAGCUACCCUGUGAUAGAUAUGCAGAUGCCUCAGGACUCCCAGAUCAACCUGAAGCUCCAGAACAUUUUAAUGCUUCUUAAGAAGUGCUGUAACCACCCCUAUCUUAUUGAGUAUCCCCUGGACCCUACCACCCAGGAGUUCAAGAUUGAUGAGCAACUGGUAGAGACCUCUGGGAAAUUCCUCAUCCUGGACCGAAUGCUACCAGAGCUAAAGAAAAGAGGACACAAGGUUCUGAUCUUCAGCCAGAUGACCUCUAUCUUGGACAUUAUCAUGGAUUACUGCUACCUGCGGGGCUAUCUGUACAGUCGCUUGGAUGGCUGCAUGCGUUAUACAGAGCGGGAUGAAAAUAUUAAGAAAUUUUGUUCAGACCCACAUGUAUUCCUCUUCCUGCUGAGCACUAGGGCUGGAGGUUUGGGCAUCAACCUGACAGCUGCUGACACUGUCAUCAUCUUUGAUAGCGAUUGGAACCCUCAAGCAGACCUUCAGGCACAGGAUCGGUGCCACAGAAUCGGGCAGACAAAGCCGAUAGUUGUAUACCGUCUUGUUACCGCCAACACCAUUGACGGGAAGAUCAUAGAGAAAGCUUCUGCCAAGAGGAAGCUGGAGAAGAUGGUCAUCCACAAAAAUAAGUUCAAAGGUGGCCAGGCAGAGCUUGAACAGUCCAGAAGGUGUCUGGAGAUGUCAGAAUUGGUAGAGCUGCUGAAGUCUAGAGACUAUGUGAGGGAAGUGAAAGGCACGAAGGGAAAGGUGAUCAGUGAUAAAGAUCUGGAACUUCUGCUGGACCGCAGCGAUUUAUUGAGUCAAGCUGAAAAGACCAAGACUCAGGAGAAGGAUGGGGUCUUCAGGGUGAUCGAAACACAUGAGUGCUGAAGUCAACUUGGCAUGAUGAUGCGUUGUUGGUCAUACAAGACUGUCUGCAGAGUGCCAUAGGGAUGCUGAUCCUAGAUUACUCCCUGUUCUGGCCAGAUAAAUACCAUCAUUAAGUCUCCUCUUUCUGAAUUAACUGCAGAAAUGGAAGACUGUAUCAUGUUUUACCUCUCGGAGAGACAUUUCUUGUUCGCUACAGAAGCUAUAGGCCGCCUGAGUGCUUAUUGCUGCAGUUGUGUUCCUUCAUGCCUGUAAGUUUAACUUUCCGAGUUUAGUAGACCAAAAGUAGAUGCUCUUAUGUUCAGCUGUGUGUCUGCUUCAGUUGAAGUUGACUGAACUAAUGGCUGUAUUUCUGAUUCUUGGUAAGCUAAAAACCAGGAACCUGUUUAACCAUUAUAGCAUUUCCGAUUUUUUUUUUUAAAUGUUUGCUGAAAGUCCUUGCCUUAGUCAUAUCAAAACAGAAUAAAAACAAUGCAGUACCAAAAGAUUCUGUAUAUGUAACAAUUUAAUUGCCAUUUUUAUAGCACUGUGAGAUUAGUUUUAUUUUCCGGUUAGCCCGUCACAAAGCAGGAAUAGCAUUUGUACUGUUUAGUGUGUGCCUAGUCACGGUACACCUCAGUUCUCUGGCUUAGUGAAAAAUUUCACUGUUACUGAUUUACUUCUAAUUUAAUGAUUUGUUGCUGUGUCUUAGUCAUCUACGUCACACAACCCUGAAACCUCCAAGUCACCAUCCUCUAACCAGAAUAGGCAAAUAGGGAGCUGGUCAUGAGAUUGACUUGAUUCGAACCCUGGCAAGGCUUGUGUCUCUAAGUAGUGGCCUAAAAGAAUAGGGCUAGUGCCUCCAUUUUACUUGGCAAGUUUGGCUAAAUGUUUGGAGCACUUCUAGAGCUGCAUGUAGUGGUUUUGUUUACCUUGUUCUGCUUACAUUUCUCAUAAAAUGGGACGUGUAAGACUCUUCAAACCUGAGACUGCACUGCAAUACCCAAACUGUCUUAAUUCCCAGUACCCUUUCCUGCAUAAACAGAUAUAAUCAAAAAAAUAUUGAACUCACUUUAAAAAUAAAAAAAGUGCACCGUUGACUGUACUGUGAAUAAACAAAGUAAACCAAAGACUGGUUCACAAGUGGGACUGGAAGGGGCAGGGACCAAAUCUUUUCAGAAUUUAAUCAAAAAGCAAUAACUUUUAACCUACAGGCAAUAACUUGGGGUAAAGAUCUGUACUCGUGCCUCCAGUGUGUAAGUGUAUAACUAAAUUUAACUUGAUUUGAAUCCUCUGUUGUAGAGUGUUCUUAAAACAAAAAUGCCCUGGUGCUAAAUGUAGCAGUAUGUGUGUGCCCCCCCCCCCCCCCCCCCCAUGCAGUCAUUUAUUCCAGGAUGGGUCCCCAUACAAUCAUUAAACCAUGAUGUUCUACCCUCUGUGAAAGUCGUUGUACAUUAAAAAGAAAAUUUCAAUUCUAAUCCUAACUGGAAA